UUGCGGGUAAAAUAGUUCAAUUACCUAUAUUUCUGAUAUGUAUACGCAACAUGGACAUUUCGCGUUUUCUGCACGACACGUUCUUUAGGUUAUAUGCCGUGCGACUACUUUACAGAUGCCUCGAGGCAUUCGCGCGGUUUCACCAACGUUUGACUUAAGCCUCUCAAAAAAUUCAUGGACUGGAUGUAACAUUUUCUCUCACAUGUAAUAUGAUAGUCAUAUUUUCGUACAAGUCUCCUGAACAUUGUCAAUUGUCAAAACUGCAUGAUUGGAAAUGAUGACGCUACGUCUGUUUGACUGCCAGGAUUAUCCAGCUCUGGAUGCGAUACCAAACAUGUACACAGAGAGUAGUGAAAUAGAGAAUUAUGAUUACCUACGAGAAUGCAUUGGUAAUCUGGAAAGUAAAGAAUCUGGUGUCAACUUGUCGGCUACUUCCACUAGUAUCUCAGACAUUGGCUUACAAGGAAACAGUUUAGAUGAUGUUAACUUGAGCAACAUUGAUUUUAAUUUUAUAAAAAUUGAGAACUUGCUCUUGCAAAAUGUUGAGGAAUCUAAUAGCUGCACAAAGAAUAAGGAGGUAAAGCAGGAGAAGUCAGUGGAUAUCGAUAUUCCAGAUUCUGUCGAGAAUUUUGACACAGUGAGUCUGGAUUACAACACUUUCUCGAAUUUCUCUAAUAAUACUAUAAAACUGAAAUCAGGUGAUGCACCAACAGUUAUUGAUAACAAUGACUCUCAUACUUUUGACAAAGAUUUAACAGCACAGUGUCCAGAAACAAAGCAAUCAACUGAGUUCUAUAGCUGUCCCAUCAAACCUACAACAGAUGAUAAUCGUGAUAUAAAUUCUAAUACAGACAAAGAUAGCAACUGCACAACUGUUCAAACUAUUUUGUCUGAGUUAAAACAUGGAAUAAAAAUUGAUAAUUUGGAACAGUCAGAUGUAGAUGGACAAGUGCAAACAUGUGAACAGUGUCUGAUGACAUUUAGAUAUAAGAGGCACUUGGACCGUCAUUUGGAAGGUCAUAAAAAAAACAAUUGUCCUCAUUGCAAUGGCAAAUUUGCCAGACGGAAGCAUCUGGAGGCACACUUGUUUCGUGCACAUGGAGAAAGGAUUGUCAAGCAUCCGUAUCUGUGUGAUGUCUGCCCUAGAAGCUUUCCAAAACGCAUCCUUCUAAACCAUCACAGAGCAAAGCAUAAUUAUCAAAGUGGCAGAGUAUGUUCAGAAUGUGGAGAUAUGAUAAAAGCAGAUAUAGAUAAUAAGGAGCACGAGAAGAACUAUUGUAAGAAAAAGCAAUUCAAGUGUGAACAAUGUUCGCAAACGUUUAGCAUCGAGCAGACGUAUUUAUCUCAUAUGCAGAAUCACAAUAAUCACAAGUGUCCCAACUGCGACGUCAGCUUUGCGUCUAAAAAGAAAGCUCACGAACACUUCAAAGCGGUUCAUACUCCGAAAUCAAGCGAGUCUGAAACGACAAAUAAUGAUUCACAUUAUUGUGGCAGCUGCAGACACAAGUUCGUCAAAAAGGAUGACUACUUUCGGCAUUUGGAGUCAGCAUUGCAUCUCAAUAAAGUCAAUAGGGAAGCACCUAUAAAAGCUAUAUUUUCGUGCACGAUCUGCUCGAAAAAAUUAUUCACGCAACGGGCCUUGGAUCAGCAUAUCAGGCGCAUACACAAGGGCGAGAAGCGAUUUGCCUGCGAUAUGUACGGUUGCACGUUCCAGUGCGCCAGACGAACGGACCUGGACAGACAUAAGCAUCUGCAUGUGGAGGAGCGGAACGUUGUAUGCGAGCACUGCGGCAAAACGUUUACCAGCGUCAGCAUUCUCAAGGAUCACGUGCUUUACAUUCAUAGCAAAGAGCGGCAAUUCAUAUGUGAGGAGUGCGGCAAGGCGUUCAAGAGGAACAGUUUACUUAAGAGACACAAACUAUCGCACGCACAGCACCGGCCGUUUGUCUGUAUGCAGUGUAGCACUGCAUUCAAACGUUCACAUCAUCUCACUCGUCAUAUGGAAUCCUGUCACAGAAUUACUCUGGAAAAGAAGAAAAAGGUGAUGAAGCUUAUGAAAACAGAAGAUGGUAAUCUUGUGCCAGUGCCAGAAAAACCAAAACGAUCAAAGUCUAGUAAGAUAAAAACUAAGAAAGAGCGCAAAUCAUCUGUAAAGAAAAAGGAAAAAGAUCAUUUGGUUACAAAUCCAAAUGAGAAAAUUGCGGGUAUUGACUUUCAACCACAGAAUCAGCCUUCAUCGACAAACUCUGAGGAAAACUCUGAAUGCCCGAACUUGGCAUUAGAACUUUCAAAUUUGCCUGCAAUCGAUUCUAUGCCGCAAGUUGUCUCGCUAGUAGAUGUUAAUACAGGACAAAUGUUGACAGUGCAACUCACUAAUUCGGAAUUGUUAUCGGAUAAUGAACUCGUUAAUCAGUUCGAAACGAAUUGCAAUGAGAUGUUGAAUUUGCCGGAUUAUCAAGAUAUAGAAUUUCAAAAUAGUCUUUUGAGCGCGGAUCAAGCGUGUUACGACAGUACGAGUUAUUCGGAGGUUCCGUUGGAAAAUAUCGAGGAUUCAAUUCCGCUUAUGAAUAACAAUUGUAAAAUAGAAGAAAUAGAGAGAUAUUUGAUACGCGAAUUUUCGUCGUUUUAUAAUCUUUAAAUAUUUGCGAAAUUAAAUGAUUUUGUAUACACAUAAGUGAGACAGUUGUGUUUGCUCAAAUUUUGAAUCCGUUGUAGUUUUAUUCGAAUGCAAAAUCUAGACAUUGUUACUUUGUUAAUGACAAAGAAUAUUACGGAAAUUUUAUAAAGUAUACAUACAUAUUUCUUAAUUUAUUUUACAUCGCGAAACAAUUUAACACUUGAUUUUAAUUCUUAAAGAUAAUAUGUAUUUUUAAUAUUAUGUAUAUUUUUCGUACAAAACAAAUUUCACUACCUCGUAAAAUAAGCAAGCACUUGAAUCGUACUCUUAAAAAUGUCGGCACAUCGCAUAUGUACAUACGUAGAAAUAUAAAAAAAAAUGUAUAGGUGUUCUAUCUUUAAUAUUUUAAUGAUCGAUAGAUAUACGUAAAACAUGUGAUAAUAUUAGAUAUAUGUGAUUUCUAUUUAAUUCUCUCUUUUUCUCUCUUUCUCUGUAAUAUAUAUAGUUAAUAUAUCAUUGAGCAGUUUUAUGAUAUUUCAAAUACACAUCAUAUAACAUCACCAACUGUAAAAUUUAUUUAUCAACUUUUUCUUUGUACAAAUAUAAAUGUUAUAGAUAUAUACACAAUCGAGUACACUAAUGUUUCCCACUAAUGAUAAAUAAUAUAUCAGAAUAUAGUAAUCUUAUUAUAUAUACUGAGAUUUAUUCUUCAUAAAAUAAAAGUUUUUAAUAAUAUCAUGUAACCAUAUCAAUAUAUAAUAAUUACAAGUAUAUAAUUAUUAUAUAUAUAAUAAGUAAAGCCAUUUCUAUGUAGAAGUGUAUCAUUGAUUGCAAGAAUUAAACAACAUUAAUGUGGCUGAUUGCGCAACUGUUAUAUUUUUUGAACAGAGCAUUAGAUAAAAUCGCACUUUGUGUAAUUUCUUAUUGUUCUAAGUAUAACAAAAUUGUAAUUUCUAUGUUGUAUGUGUAAGGGAAUGCUUGUUUUAAUUAUAUGUCAGCUAUGUAGCUGUUUCACACAAUUAUUAAAUGCAACAAUGUAAAAACAAAUAUAAUGGCAUGUUCCUUGGAUUAA